GGAACCUCAUUCAGGGGAAGUAAAUAUUUUCACAAAGGCAGAUCAAGUUUUAUAGUCACAGCAAUGGAGUCUUAUGAGAAAAAUGGACACCCCAACUGAAGAGCUUUUACUCUUUCAGGAAUAGUCCUUGUGAUGUUCAUAUUGCGUUGUUAGAAUAUAUAUGAAACCCCCAUCUACUGGUUUUGAUCGGAUUUGUAUAGGAUGGGGAAGGAAUCAAGGAGCUUUGUUCUGGCUGGAAGUUCAUUAUUCUGCUUACUCAUUUUUGCUUUCCUUUAUGCUGCAUUCUUCACAUGGAGUUUCAGUCCAUUAGAUUCAUGGAAGCACCAUUUAUGGAAUUGGGGUAGAAGCUCUAGUCAUGCUGCAGAGAAGAUUGAUAGAGACAUGGAAGAGAGAGAACCACUGAGGUCCAUUCUGAGAAGGCUAGUGAGAGGGGAAGAUCGAGUCAAGCUUGAAGCCACUGGAUUUUCUUGCUACUCAGAUCUUCAUUCAGAAGUCUGCGUCACCGAUAAACCAGUUAGGAUCAACAACCAUACAGUUUACGUAUUGUCUGAUCAAAGUUCAGAUGAAUUUAAACAGAGUGUUCAGCCAUAUGCAAGGAAAGAUGACGAAAUCGCCAUGAAGGCUGUUAGCCCAGUGCAGAUAUAUACUUCACGGAAACAUUGACCCACCAGCUUGCCAUUUCACCCACGAUGUCCCGGCCAUGGUCUUCUCCUCCGGCGGGUUCACAGGAAACCUCUUUCAUGAAUUCAAUGAGGUGAUCAUCCCCUUAUUCAUCACAUCCCGACAUUUCUGAUCCCGCCUCCAGUUUGUCAUUACUGACGAUAAGCCUUGGAUGGUCGAAAGGUACAAGAGGAUUCUGAAACAGUUGUCUGCAUACAACGCUAUAAACCCAGCAGAAGAUGGAAGCGUGCACUGCUUCCCAGGGGCUGUUAUCGGUCUCAAGUAUCACGACAAUCUGGCCCUCAAUACCAGUGACAUUCCUGGAGGCUACUCCAUGAGUGACUUCAAGCAUUUUCUCAGAAAAUCAUACAGCCUGAAGAUUACAACUGCGUCUGAGAUAGAACACCCUAAGCCUGUGCUGAUUCUAAUAUCUCGUCGUACAACUAGGAAGUUCUUGAAUGAAGAUGAAACGGUGGGUUUGAUGGAGGACCUAGGGUUUCAGGUGAUCAUAACACCGCCUUAUAACAUGUCAAGCUUGGACAAGUUUGCCCAGGUUGUGAACUCGUGUAGUGUGAUGGUAGGAGCCCAUGGUGCCGGCCUAGCAAACUCAGUAUUGCUGCCUGCCGGAGCAGUGACGGUGCAGGUGGUGCCACUGGGGCUGGACAGGGCAUCGGCAGCCAACUAUGGAGACCCAGCUAGAAAGAUAGGUGUGCAGUAUUUGGAGUACAAGAUUGAGGCAGAAGAGAGUUCCCUCUUUGAUUUAUAUGGUCGGGAUCAACCGAUUAUUGCCGAUCCCCAAUCCAUACAUUUGAAAGGCUAUGAUGUUGCUAGAGCUGUGUAUCUGGACGGGCAGGAUAUGAAGAUCAACCUAGUGAGGCUCAGGGAGAUUCUGGUUCAAGCAAGAAAGCUUCUUGGAAACCCCACGUCAUUCAAAUGAAAAAAUUACACACUGCAAAGGCCUCAUUCAUUCAAAAUGAAAAUGACUAUGACCAAAAGGUUUCAUCUAGAUAUUCUGGAUUUACGAUAUAAUCAAAACUG